ACGCACCUGUGACUAAUUAGUAGAGGCAGCUCGGUGCAAGGGGUCGGUCGGUGUUCUUCCCUCAUUGUUUGUCCAUUCUGUCUCACAGCGUGAUUGGGAUUCGUUGCAUGACUUGUUUUAUUCCCCGGGUUCGGCCGCUUGUGUUCCCGUGUCAGGCAUCAUGCAGGAUGUCAUUGUUGGAGUUCAGAAGAUUCGGUUCGAUCUGGAAAUGCACGGGCUUAUCAAGAAAAGGGCCCGGAUGCUCCCGUUGUCGGGAAUCGAUAUCCCAAAGCAGACUUGCCGACAUGCCCCUUGGAGCUGCACAAGCAUUGCUGGCUUCAGCCUCAAUGAUGAUUGACAUGGCACUCCUGGCCAGGCACCAGAAUCUGUUGCUGCAGGGGAUCACUCCCUUCCCACACCUCUCCAGUACCAUGAGCAUCGUCCACUACCAGCUGAGACAGCUGCAGGAGGCAGGCACGUCAACACGGGGCUCCGCCCGGCCCAUCCACCUUGCCACCUGCUACAAGUGUGGCGAGAAGGGUCACUACGCCAACAAGUGUGGAAGGAGGCACCUGGGCCUGCUGGCUGGGCACUGAGAGAAAGGCAUUGCUCUGGACCGUCCUCAAGGGGCUUCAACAGCCAGGGUCCAUUGAGGAGAAACACACACACGUGUUUAUGAAACAAGUAAUAUGAUUGGCUGAUGCACUUCGGCAGAUAACUCUGGUAUUCCUUUGAAGUUCAAGGAUUCCCACACUGUUCAAAUACAUUGGUUUA